CUUUAAUCAAUAGUUUACUUUAAUACUCUAAUUACUCCCUAUUUUAUUCACCUAUUUAAUACUCUUAGAGUGUACUCUGUACUACUGCUGUGCAACCUUUGCUCCACUGGGCUGUCUCCGACGCAUCCGUUGACUCUGUAGUAGGCAGAGACUAUCAUACUCAAUGCUACGUCAUUACACUGUAUCACCUCGUUCCAUGGAAUAUAUAUAUUCUAAUAAGAGUCUUCGACUUACUCUUCCCAGUUGAUGCGAGGCUGGCUGGUUUGACUUCAAUAUGUUUUAUAUAUUCUUACUGUUGUUGGUACUCUGCCAGUAUGUAUCUGCAGAUGAAACAUCAGGGCAGGUAGUCCUCCACGGGGCUACGGGCUUAGCAAAAGACGCCAGUGAAAAGAUAACGGGAUGCUCUCCCUUCGAGACGAAACAUCCUGACGACGAUAUAAGAUUGGGAUCGACGAAGAGGAGAAUCCCAGGGUACAGUCGUGAGUGGAGCGGAAGCGGGGCGGCGUACGAUGUCCACGUCCGACUCACUCAGAGAAGCAGCAGGUCGGCUGCUCGGGCGGUCUCGAGCCUAGACUGGGCACAUCGGUGGGAAGUAGCUAUCGACUGUCUCUCCCUGCCGGGAGUGGAUAGUCUAGAUAUGUUUGACAUGGACGAAUUGGCCGUGGAGGCUUUCUGGGAUCGGGUGUGGGCUUGUUACCUGCCGUAUGCAUCUGGGGGGUAGUCAGUAUCAUUACAAAAGCAGUUUUUCUAUCAAAACUUACCUUGAGUUGACUUGAUCUCUGUGUUAAUAGGUAGUUAGCUUAUUACAAGUGUAAGGUAUGUGGUGUUGUCCCGCUGGUAUUCACUCUGUUUUAUAUAACCCAGGGAUAGGUCAUUGACAGGGAACCAC